AAAUGAUUUUAUCCGAAGGUCUUCUGCUCUUUAUAUCCUUCGUAAUAACAAAAGGAUCUGAUAUUGAUGAUUAUACUUACCCAGAAUCUGAAUAUCAUUACGAGGACUACAAUAUGACAGGUUACUAUGAAGAUGGGUUAGGGAGUGGGUUAGAACCAGAUUAUAUUCAGGAAACUGAGGUAGUCCCAGCAUUUAUAGAAGAUGAAAGUCGUCUUGAAGUGGAUCGAGGAAAUACUGCUCGGUUAGUCUGCACAGUGAGUCAAUUAGGAAGCAGCUUAAUAUCAUGGAAACGAGUAAACGAGGAUGGAAAUCAAGUUUACCUAAGCAUGGGAGAUACUCUUAUGAUCAAAGACAGAAGAAUGAGUGUUGUUGUAUCAAGUGGUUCUCCUGCUUCCUCUACUUUAACUAUAGCUCUUGUGGAAGAAAAGGAUACAGGAGAUUAUGAAUGUGAGGUUUCCAGUAUUCCACCGAUAAACAAAUUGUACAGGGUUGAAAUGAGAUCUCCACCACGAGUAAAAGUACAGGGUGUUCCUGAAUCAGGGAAUAUUGUUCUCAAUCUGGGGGAUACGCUAUACCUUACUUGCCAGGGGUUUGGAGACCCUGCUCCCUCCCUACACUGGUUUAGGGAGCAUGGUUUACUCCCUACAGGGGAACAAACACAGGAAGGAGAAAGGUUAGCGUACAGCAGUGUACGUAAGGAGCACUCUGGUACAUAUGGUUGUACCGGAAACAAUGGAUUUGGGCAGCCCAGUACACAACUAGUCACAGUUAGAAUUAAACAUGAACCGGAAGUGGUGGUCUAUAAACAAGUUAGCGAGGAUUACAUUCAGUUAACUUGUAAAGUAGAGAGUUAUCCGGAAGUAAAUGAGGUGGUUUGGAGUUGGAGUGGAGGGAAACUUCAACCUAGCAUACAGACGGAGACAGUAGAGAGUGGAAACCAUAUUCUCAAUGUUGUAAGAAAAACACAGAAACCUAUUGGAGGAACAUAUACUUGUAUUGCAGAGAAUAUUGUUGGUAAACAACAAUCCUCAGAACAAAUAGAAGAAAACAAUAGAGCAGAGGAGAUACAGGAUAUACUGUCCAGGCAUGAUUCAAACCUAAAGCAAGAUUUUGAGGAAACUGCUGAACAGAUUUCUUCAGCAUCAAGUCAUAUCAAUCUUCCUAUUCAUAUUGGCAAAUCCAUUCUUUCGAUAAUCUUCUUCUUCUCUCCACUCUUCUAGUUCUUCUGCUUCUUCUUCUUCUUUUUCGUCUUCUUCU